AUGAUGAAGCGACAGCCAGCUCCCAGCGCCGUCUCUUUUCCAUCGAUGGUCGGCAGCCUUCGCCUGGACCUCUCCAACCAUGCGAAGGAGCUACUGGAGACGGCACCUGAACGGCUCAAGGACAAGGAUCGUCGCUGGCUGGGCCGUGAACUCGUGAAAGACGUGGCCGUGAACUCCUCGGCCGAAGCGCUGCUCGCCGUGGCCGAGUCCUGGGCGGAGCUGGUCAAAAAGGCUGGCAAGGUGGAUGAGAAGCAGGCAGCCUUACAGGCCUUAGCGGAGCGGCACGGCGGAGCGGUCGGUUCGGGGCCCGAUCGAUUCGCCUUCGGCGCCCAGGAUCCAAAGGGGCCCCUGGCCAAAGUCGCUGCUGAAGAUGCCAAUGAAGAGACGCGUUACUUGGGCUACCGUGCCCUAGGGGCCCUGGCCCUGCGCUUGCCGAGCAACCUGCAGGAUCAGGUGGUGGCUGAACUGCUGAAGCCGCUCUCGGACAAAAAGGCCCCGGACCGCGCGCGCCUGGCGGCGCUGGCAGUGCUGGCGCAGCUGGCGGAAGCGCGCGAAGGCACCUCCUGCGCUUGGGCCGGCAGCUUCGUGGACAAGGCUCUACCUUUGCUCACCUUGGCCGCCACCAAGCCCGUCCAGCGCCUGUCCAGCCUCUUGGGCUUCGCGGUGUGUGGGUCCCUCGCGAAGGCCGAUGGGGAGGUCUUGAGCUCCAAGAUGAAGAAGGAACAGUUGAGUCUGCUGAAGGAGAUGCGACGUGGGGCACGGGCUGGGGUGUACCACACGAGACUUUUGAUCCGUUAA